AUGUUUCGCUCAGUGCGACGUCUACCUCGACGCCUUCGUAUUGCGCCCAUCUCCCCAUUGCGGCCUUUCACAUGGGCCGGUUAUCCUCGGAUGAUGCCUGUGCAACCCCCCGUGUCCAGCACCCUCCCCUCAGACGCCUACCAGCUGCUAUCGACACAAGAAAAAGCCGGUGAAGCUGAAGAUGCGCUCUACGAUCAACAAAUUCGAGACGUGGAAGCAUGGUGGAGCUCGCCUCGUUACGAGGGUAUUAAACGCCCUUAUACAGCUGCAGAUGUUGUGAGCAAACGCGGCUCACUGCAACAAUCAUACCCUAGCUCCUUGAUGGCGCGGAAGCUUUUCAACCUUCUUAAUGAAAGAGCGGCUGCUGGUCAGCCCGUUCAUACCAUGGGAGCUAUUGACCCCGUCCAAAUGACGCAGCAAGCUCCCAACCAAGAGAUUCUAUACGUAUCUGGUUGGGCUUGCUCUUCUCUUUUGACAAGUACCAAUGAAGUUUCUCCUGACUUUGGCGACUAUCCCUACAACACAGUCCCAAAUCAGGUCCAACGCUUGUUCAAGGCCCAGUCGAUGCAUGAUCGCAAACAAUGGGAUGCGAGGCGGAAGAUGACUCCCGAUCAGAGAAAAGCGACGCCUUAUACUGACUACCUGCGGCCAAUUGUGGCAGAUGGCGACACCGGCCACGGUGGAUUGUCGGCAGUGCUCAAGCUUGCAAAGUUAUUCGCGGAGAAUGGUGCCGCGGCUGUGCAUUUCGAGGACCAAUUGCACGGCGGAAAGAAGUGCGGCCAUCUUGCUGGCAAGGUGCUCGUCCCGAUGGGUGAACACAUCAACCGAUUGGUCGCUGCUCGAUUCCAAUGGGACAUGAUGGGCUGUGAGAACUUGGUUAUUGCUCGGACAGACUCUGAAAGUGGUCGACUUAUCAGCAGCGCCAUCGAUGUGCGCGAUCACGAAUUCAUCCUUGGUAUUACCGCGGAUGUAGAGCCUCUGGCGGAGACUCUCCAAGCCAUGGAGCGAGAGGGUGCCUUGCCCUCCGAGAUUGAUGCAUAUGAGCUUGAUUGGGUUAAGAAGCACAAGCUUGUCACCCUUGAUGAAGCUGUCGAUGCCCAUCUCGAGUCCGAGGGAGCCCCACAGUCCUCCCGUGACGGCUACAAGGCUUAUGUCAAGAGCAACCCCGACCUCUCAAUUACCCGUCGUCGUGCAUUGGCAAAUGAUUACGCCAAAACCCCGGUCGUCUGGUCAUGCGACAGCCCGCGCACUCGUGAGGGAUUCUACCACUACCGCGCAGGAUUCCCCGCUGCGACCAAGCGCGCGAAGGAAUUCGCUCCCUACGCAGAUCUCCUCUGGGUCGAGACAGGAGACCCGGAUGUGCAAAAGGCCGGCAGUCUGGCAGGUGAAGUGCGCGCAGCGUACCCAGGCAAGAAGCUCGUUUACAACCUGAGCCCUUCAUUCAACUGGAUGGGUCAAGGGUUCGACGAGGCUUCUCUCAAGUCCUUUAUUUGGGAUAUUGCUAAGCAAGGAUUCGUCUUGCAACUUAUCUCCCUGGCUGGUCUGCACACUAACGCCACCAUCACCACUGAGCUUUCACGUGCUUUCAAGGACGAGGGAAUGCUGGCGUAUGUUCGCCUUGUCCAGUCUCGCGAGAAGGACCUUGGUGUCGACGUUCUCACUCACCAGAAGUGGAGUGGUGCCCCUUAUAUGGAUGGCAUAAUGGGAGCUAUUCAGAGUGGAAGCAGCAGCAGCAAGAGUAUGGGCGAGGGAAACACGGAGAAGGGUUUCUAA